CUUUUUUUUUUUUUUUUUUGGCCUCUCUCUGGACUGUGCAGAUCUCCUGCCUUUUCCAACACACUGCUGAAGGAAAACCAGAAGAAGAAGGCAUAAAAAAGCAGAGAAAGAGGACGGACGGCAAACCAUCAGAGAGAUCAAGUCACCGUUACUUUUGUCCACCAUGUCCCUGUGAGCUCCUCCGUCUGUCUCCGACACCAAACCCACGAACUGCCGGACCGCACUGCGAGAAAUACGGACCAAACCGGGGAGAAGCUCGCUGCUGUUGUGGAUCCGGAAGGAAACCGCGGACAGAGAUGUAGCAUGUGUGUUGGUGUGAUCGGUGGACCAUCAUGCACCUCUUCCUGCUGCUGAUCUUCCAAGCCACAGCAGCCUUUGGACAGAUCGACCCUGCACACUGUCGCUAUGCCUUGGGCAUGGAGGAUGGACGGAUUAAAGACGAUGCCAUCACAGCAUCCAGUCAAUGGUACGCGACCACAGGACCACAGUACGCCAGGCUGAACCGUGAGGAAGGAGACGGUGCCUGGUGUCCUCAUGGACAGCUGGAGCCCUCAGACAGUCAGUACCUGCAGGUGGAUCUGGGAAGGCUGACCUUCCUGACAGUAGUCGGGACUCAGGGACGAUACCGGAACUCUGGCAAUGAGUUCGCCCGAGCUUACCGCCUCAACUACAGCAGGGACGGCUUGCUGUGGAAGUCCUGGAGGAACCGUCUGGGAAACACGGUGAUGGAAGGCAACAAAAACGCCUACGCCUCAGUCAUCAACGACCUUCACCCUCCAAUCAUCACCCGCUACGUCCGACUGAUCCCCGUCACCAUACUGUCAACCACUGUCUGCAUGAGAGUGGAGCUGUACGGCUGUCCGUGGGAGGACGGUCUGAUCUCCUACAGCGCUCCAGAGGGUCAGCUCAUGAUGCCGCCAGGUUAUCCCAUCGCCAGCCUCAAUGACUCCACGUACGAUGGAGCACACGAGAAAAAGAAGCUGUUUGGGGGGAUGGGUCAGCUGACGGAUGGCGUGAUCGGCCUGGAUGACUUCCUGCUGACGCGUCAGUACCACGUGUGGCCGGGCUACGACUACCUGGGCUGGAGGAAUGAUUCGCAGGGAACUCAGGGAUACGUGGAGAUGGAGUUUGUCUUUGACAGGCAGAGGAACUUUACCUCCAUGAAGGUUCACAGUAACAACAUGUUCUCCCGUGGUGUGAAGAUCUUCUCCUCCGUGUCCUGUUGGUUUAAGCCCCGCCUCAUUGCCGGUUGGGAGACGGAGACUGUGGCGUUCAAGACAGUGCUGGAUGACAGGAACCCAAGUGCCCGCUAUGUUACCGUGCCACUGAAUCGCCGCACUGCCAAAUCUAUCCGCUGCCACUUUUACUUUGCUGAUGUCUGGAUGAUGUUCAGCGAGAUCUCCUUUCAGUCGGAGGACACUGUACUUCCGACCCAGAUGACCCUGGCGGUGACCUCUACUCCAGUCAAUGAGGAGACCACCAUGCCAACCACACCAAAGACAUCAGCCAGUCCAUCAGCCAGUGACCCACCAGAUGAUGGGAACACACCCAUUCUGAUUGGCUGCCUUGUGACCAUCAUCCUGCUAUUGGUCAUCAUCAUCUUCCUCAUCCUCUGGUGCCAGUAUGUCUGCAAGGUGCUAGAGAAGGCUCCACGUCGGAUCCUUGACGAGGAGGUGACAGUUCGGCUGUCGUCCUGCAGUGACACUAUCAUCCUCCAGACGCCCCCCGUGCCCCCACGCUCCAGCCACAGCCCUGCAGGCCCCACCAACACCGACCCUCACUAUGAGAGAGUUUUCCUUUUGGACCCACAGUACCAGAACCCGGCGGUGUUGAGAAAUAAGCUGCCAGAGCUGUCUCAGAGUGCAGAGGCCUCAGCCCUCUCUGUCUUUUCCAUGUUUCCUCCUCAUCUCCCUCCAGCUCUGCUCCUCGGUAAUCCUCUCUAUGACCUCCUCCUGCUGACUUCCUGUCACAUGACAUCAGGCUGGCUGCGUGCGUGUGGAGGAGGCUACGCCGAGCCAGAUGUUACCCAGUGCACGCCACACCAAUGUUUCCAUAGCAACGCGCCACACUACGCUGAGACUGACAUUGUACGGCUGCAGGGCGUCACCGGCAGCAACAUGUAUGCAGUCCCCGCCCUCACCGUGGAUUCUCUUACCAGGAAGGACAUCUCUGCCGCCGAGUUCCCACGGCAACAGCUGAUCUUCAGAGAGAAGCUGGGGGAGGGGCAGUUUGGAGAGGUCCACUUAUGUGAGGCCGAAGGGCUCCCAGAAUUUCUUGGGGAGGGGUCACCUCUCCCUGACAGAGAUGGUCAUUCGGUACUGGUGGCUGUUAAACAGUUGAGAGCUGAUGCUACCAGCCAAGCCAGGAAUGACUUCCUAAAGGAAAUAAAGAUCAUGUCUCGUCUGAACGACCCCAACAUCAUCAGACUGCUGUGUGUUUGUGUGUCGUCCGACCCGCUGUGCAUGGUGACCGAAUAUAUGGAGAACGGAGACCUCAACAUGUUCCUUUCACAGCGGGAGAUCGAGAGCACGCUGACACAUGCCAACAACAUCCCUUCAGUCAGUCUUUCCGACCUCCUCCACAUGUCAGUGCAGAUCUCAUCAGGGAUGAAGUACCUGGCAUCUUUGAACUUCGUGCACCGUGACCUGGCCACCAGAAACUGCCUGCUGGAUCGACGCCUCACCAUCAAGAUUGCUGACUUCGGGAUGAGCCGAAACCUGUACAGCAGCGACUACUACCGCAUCCAGGGUCGGGCGGUGUUGCCCAUACGAUGGAUGGCCUGGGAGAGCAUCCUGCUGGGUAAGUUCACCACGGCCAGUGACGUAUGGGCAUUCGGUGUCACCCUAUGGGAGAUCUUCACUCUGUGUAAGGAGCAGCCCUACAGUCUGCUGUCCGACGAACAGGUCAUAGAGAACACUGGCGAGUUCUUCAGGAACCAGGGCAGACAGAUCUUCCUUUAUGCUCCUCCACUCUGCCCACCUUCUCUCUUUGAGCUGAUGAUGCGUUGCUGGAGUCGAGACAUAACUGACCGGCCCACCUUUGAGGGACUUUACCAAGCCCUGAAACCCCAUGUCAACCAGUGAGUCGGGGCUGCUGGGAUAUACCACUCUGGCUUUCCUCAGCGGAAGGUUUGUCCAUCUCUGAACUCCUGUAAGAUAACAGACUGACACAAGAAGACUGCAUUGCAAGAGUAAGUCGCUGUCAGAAGGAAUGAAGAAAAUGGCAGAGUUGUGGUUCAAAGGUUGGUUUGCUUUGUGGUAAGAGCAGCACUCUGUUUUGAGAGACAAGACGGAGACAGAAGGGGAAAAGGAUGGUCAUCUCAGAGGAGAAACUUUGUGCGAGAUCCAAACCUUUCAGUCAUUUGAAUUGAUUUAUUUUAUAUCAUUUUAAUAAGUUUUUUAAAGAUUUCUAUCAUUGCUGAUUUCACAGUUUCAUCCAUCUCUUAAAGGCUACUUUGACCAAAAUGUCUUUUUGACAAAUUUUCUUUUCAUGUCGUUAUGGUGCCAAAGGCGCUGUAAGCUUUAUUUUCUCCUUCUCUUUGGCUUUUAAAGAUGCCAUAAACUGGACAGACUCCUCAGUCUUGGUAGUUUCUCCUGUCCCUGUGGUUUUUAUUAUUAUUGUAAAGCACUGUCUGUGUCUCUCAGUUAUUCAUGUUCAUAUAUUAACCCACACUGGAGCUAGGGCUAGGGUCAAAUUGUAGUGUAGUUAUAUUGUUAGAUUUUUAUUCUAUUUUAUUUUUCUUGUUUUACAGUGUUUGACUUCUGUUGGUCUUUUUAGUGUAUAUGAAUGUUUAGCUGAGGUUCACAUCACGGUGCCAAGAGGCUGUGUUGAAACCUGUGUGGUUCACAGACUGAAAAUCAGUCAGUGGUUAACUGUGGGUAAUUAAGGAAAGAAUCUUGACUGGAGGCACACUGAAACCAAAUAAGAAAAGUUGUGUUGUGCCUUUUUUGUUGCCAAAGAGAAAUAAAAAGUAUAAGUGAUAAAACAAUGAUUAUACUAAAUGUAGCUCUGUGUGAAUGGAUUUGUCUAAACAUAUUAUUAACAUCUGCCAGCUGGUGGAUGCUUUUAUUCAAAGUGCCUUACCUUUCUAGCAUGAGUGGUAUCACUAAGAAUUAAGACAACAUGAAGAACAUGUGUUCUGCUAGGUAUCACUUCACCUGUGUCUGUGUUUGUGCUAGGACUAUAAAAUAUCUGUAUGUUAAGUGUGUAUGUCUUUGUUGAAGCUCAUUUGUAGAUUUAUAUUCUUUGUCUCUACUGCUCUGUCUUGAUAGAGCGAGUUGUGGUUUGGUUUGUGCCUCCAAAGAUUAGCCUACAAAAUUUGAAAUCAGUAGCUCCACUUCUAGAAUAAAAGGGUUAAAACAAACUGAUACACUGUUCAAAUUAAAUGGAUAGCUAAAUAUUUACCAAACAGAAACAGCACCUUUGCAGAUACUUAAACUCAACUCAACUUGCUAAUGACCUCCCUAGCUAAAAAAACUAGCAAGUUGUGAUCUUGUGUAGUAGUUAUACUAGGUUUUGCUUAAUUCUGAAGACUACAGCUGACCUGAAUACUUCUACCUUUGGUAUGGUAACCAGUGUCCAAAUAUAUAUUGCUGCUUGUUUUGUUGUGUGUUUUUGAAGAGGAAGGAGAUGCUGCAUUGGCUUCACUGAAAAGAAUGCAAAAGACAGAUAGAAAACAAGAACUGGAGCUCCUUUAUGGCAGUGGUUCUCAAACAUUUUCAUGUAAAGGAUCCCUAAACUGACACGGACCCAUCAGAUAAAAAUUUUUGCUUUUAGAAGUUUUGUUACAUCAAAUGCACGAAACCCAUGAGUGAAACAGUCAUACAUUCUGUCAUUGUGUUAUUGUGUUAUUGAAAAUAAAUGAUUCCCCUCUUUGCAGGGACCCCCUGGAGCCCCUCUAGGACCCCCGGGAGUCCAUAGGCCCUACUUUGAGAACCAUUGCUUUAUGGCAUUUACUAAGUCUCUAACCUGCUCACAUCUCUUAAAACCUGUGGCUUGGCAGCCACAUGCAUGCAAUACAGCAUACAGAACAUUAUUUGCAAGCAGAAUAUCAUCCUCAAUAAGAAGCAUAAUGCUCUGCAUGCAACAAGUCCUGCCACAAAUGCAGGGCUGUGCUGAGCACCUUGCAUGUGCAACAGCUCAACACUUGCUCAAUCAUAAAGUAGACUUUGGAGACUUUGGAGAGGAUGGACUAUGCAGUGGUUCCCGUCUUUACCUCCUGUCCUCAUCUCUCAUUAAAGUCUUGAUUACAGUAUUUAUGUAAGUAAAUAAUAUAUUUACCCCUGAAGCUUUGGAUAUUUACAGGACAGCCCUAGGGAAGACACUGUCACGCUGUUGGAAGAGUAGCACAGUUUUUAUGUAGAUGCUUAAGCUUAUGCUUCUGGCAUUAUAUUAGAAUAGGUUCACUUUUAGUUUAAGGGUAAGGAUAUAUGCAACCUAAAUAACGUCUUUGGUUGCUGCCUAACUAGCCAGCAAAGUACUUAACAAGUAAGAACGGUUAUGUUUAAAAAAGAUUUGGCUUCAUUUUUGCAUAUGAUGUCCUUAUUUGCCGUGUCUUUGCAAAGUUAAACUAGGUCUGGUAUUAUAAACUGCAGCGGCCAGUCAGACCACGUCAAGGGAAAACUGGUCACACACAAGACACAAACAUGUACUUUCUGAGCUGUACGGAGCUGAACUACUAUUAGAGCCGCUGAGAUGAGGGCUAACGAGUCACUAGAGUCCAAGGACAAUGGGAAGGAACACCUUGGACAGACGGAUCCACCAGACAAUUCCCACAUCUCACAGCAUGAACCAGCCAAUCACUGCAGCCAUCCCUAAUGCCACCAAGAAGAUUAAGGGGAAAUUUAAGAGAAGGUAGAUUCCUUUUUUCUGCCAUUAUAGGGCACAUGUAAUGGCCUAUCAACAAGGUGGUGAUAGGCCAAACACAAGUCACAAAUCAAAUCCACACUGAUUUUGCAGCAUAGUAUUCAAAAGGGUGUGGGCCUUACAGUGGCUACUUCUAGCAACCUUAAGUGAACUGUGGAAAGAUGUUGAGAAGGUUAGCCAGUGAUGAUGGUGUUGCCAGUGAUUUUGAUGAAUGUUACAUAUAUUUACUAUCCAGGAUAUGUCAUAUGAUAUGAUAUGAUAUGAGAUUGAUUUUCAAGUGAUUGGUUAACCUGUGUCUGGAUUGACGUAUGUUCUUUCACUUGGAUCUGUAAAGGGUUGGUCAAACUAACAUUUAAACUAUUGUUUGAGACGCAUAUUUACUUUGUCGGUCAAUAGCAACCACCUUUGUAGUGCUUAUCACUUACUACACUUCACCCACACUUACUUCCUGUCGGAGUCUAAACUACUCCACAAGACAGGAUGGUGCAAAUACAUCUUCUGACUUAUUAUCCCAUACUGAUGGAGAUAGUAUUAGCUAAGUUGCAACUAUACUGAGGAAAGCCAGCUAGCUUGUUGGGCUGACUGUCCUGUGCUCGGCUGGUUUUUAUAGUACCAUUUAGUGCACCAGCUACAGUAAUUGGACAGCGAGCCCUGCAGAUGAUCACUUUGUCAUCAAGCUUCUAGCACUCAUCAUUUCACAAUGAUGCAUGGAUGAACUUUACUGUACACAACUCUGUGCCUUAAGCUGACAUCUUCAUUGUCAACAUUAUCAUCUAAUGUGUAAAAGCUCUAAAGCACAUUUUCAUUUUCAAUUUUAUAAAUUAAUUUUCCAUUCUUUACAUGUUUUAGUCACUCAGUUAAUUGUAUGCAGUAUUUUGAAUCCUCUCCUCCCUUAGAACAAAUGGUUGUAAAUGUAAAAUGCUUCAAGUACAAAUGACCUUCACAGGAAAGAGGGAGCAAGACCAAUUAUGUUAAGUCUGAGUGUAUCUUUCAGUGUUUUUGUGUUAUCUGUACUGUAUUUUAAUACUUCUAUGAGUGUGUAUGUAAGUCUGUAUGUUUAAGAGAAAAUGAAAAUUGAGUGUUUAAGUAGGCUAUUUUUGACAUUCCUUUGAGCACUGGGAGCUAGUUGGGAUUAAAGUGGUUAAGCCAAAUUAUGUGAUUAAAAUGAGGGAGAGGGGUUUUUUAAGCAAGAUAAUAAGGAGAAGAAUUAAGGAAACCACUAAACUCAAUCUCCCAGAGUCUUUUGCUACAGUGAGCCUGUGUGUGUAGUUCUGUUUCUAUUAGAGACAUAGAUGAGUCCUAUAGUUUGAUAGUGUACAGUAUAAGUGAUCUAAUAUCUCAGUGUGUGAAUGCAGAUUUGGUGUGAUAAUUGUUAUUGAUAAGUGAUUAUCUAUCAGAAUUUCUAGUAGCUAUUUCUCUGAUUAUUUCUGUUCCGAGAUGGUUGUGGGUUUCAGACAUGUAUUGUACAUAGGCUAGUAGCUGUGUAUAUUAAUAUAUUGGGAGUGGAGAACUUGUGUUGUGCCAUCCCAAAUAAUUUUCCCCCUGUACCUUUUCAUGUCUUGGUGUUGUUCUUAUAAUAAACAGUUGGCAAACAAAAGA